CCCCACACGGAACAUUCUCGAUUAACAGUCACAUGAAAUUUACGUCAGAUUUAUACAGAUUUAUGAGACACAUCCGUAAAAGUGUUGGUUUCAAAAGUAAUUAUGAUGUCACUAACAUUGCCGUGGUGCUUAUUACUACUACUAGUAGUUGUAACAUAUAAAGCAACUGCCACAAAAGUGUAUGUACCGGAACUUAGUUCCAGGAACUUCGAUUAUUGCCAUGAUAAGAGAAAAUAUUCAUGUCCAGACUCUAACAGUGCUCUGGAGUUAAGGACAAAGGCUUGCGGUUUCCAAUGUGCAAUAGGGACAUCCUAUGUAUGCAAAGAUGAUAAGAAGGGCAGAGGUGUUUUAGAGUUCUGUGCCGAGCAGGAAGUUUGUGGAAUAGGUCUGAUGAAUAAAGUUUAUUUCGAUGAGGAUCACCAGAAAGUUGUAAUAGAGAAAAGUGUUUGCCCAGAAGCGUUUUACCAGCCAGUCAGAGAAAACUGCUACACAGCAUGCUCUUAUUUUAAACAUGAAGAUGCAGACCUCAUUGAACGUCUGGGAAUUAAAGUGUUGUACCCAGGAAACAAUACUCAUCCAGGCCGUGGGUAUUGUGAUGUAGAACGUGGGUUUGUGAGUUCCAACUCUAACAUGUACACAAGUCUGGCUGAGAAUGAGGUUUCUGUCUGUGAUAAGUUGGUUGAUUUUGAGACACUUUGCCCUAAGGAUAAGCGCCUUUUACCAAAUAGGCAAUGUGGUAAUAUAUGUAAGAAAGGAUAUGUAGUGGAUAAAUUGAACUAUUUCAAAUGCUCAAUGGGAACUGGUGAUAAUAGCAGUACUGUGAUAAAAGAAACCACUGCUCAUCCAGACCAAAAUGUAACUCCGUCUCCUCCAGAAAUCUCAAAACAUAUUAAUAUCACAAGUCCGUCCACUCCAUCAACAUCACCUCAUCAGAAAGAUUCAAAUUUGGUCACUAUACUAGUAGCAGUGUUUGUGUCUUCUACAGUUGUGAUUGUUUUAGUUUCAGUUUGUUGUAUCUGUUGGAGACGUAGAAACUCAAGGAAUAGGAGAGGAGAUUAUCAGUCGGGAUCAAAGAAGAAAGAAGGAAACACACGUUUUAAGAAGAUACAGAAAAACUGUAGCUUUACCAAGUACAACACGAAGAAUGGGGAUAUUGUGAUCAACAUAUUAGGUGAUAACAAGGAUGAAAGUAUUACAAGAAAGAGUUCGUCAGCAGAUACGGGAGUGUCCACGUCCAAUGUAUCAGAAAUUGAGUUAGAUCAAGAACUGGAUCGAGGCUCAAUUGAAUCUGGUUACAGGACAGUACACAGUGGCGAGCCGUUACCACAGCAGUUCAUGAAGAAAUUGAAAUCUCUUGUCAGCACCCAUUAUACAGAUGAGGACAUAGAACAGACAAUACCUAUGCAAAUAGUAGAUUCAAAAUUAUAAGUAACAAAAGAUAAAUUUUUUUUAUAACAAAUGAAAUUUGGAUGUCUUUAAGAUGUUUACUGCUGCAAGAAGAAAUUUUCUCCUACUUUCUUCCUGUUUUUUUUUCUCUCACUUUUACUGUUUCAGCGAUACAUUGAUUUUCUUUGAUAUUGUUACAACAAAAAUGCAGUUUUUUCUCCCUUUUUGAUAAGAUAAAAAGAUGUAAAACAUAGAUUGAAGAUCUUACUUACAAAUCUUCAAAUAAUUUUUGAUUCAGUCACAAUGUGGUUUAAUAUUUUAUUGUUUGAUAUACUUUUAUUUUCUGCUACGCUAAAGACCCAGCUGGGCUGUUGAAACCUCUUCUUUUCUUUUACUGCACACAUUAUACUGCUUGGCUGUAACUACGAAUUUCAUUAGAAGUGAAAAACUCAAUAAUCUUAUUGUGUACUCUGUUUUAUGGCAAUACUUACAAUUAUUGAGUUGACAAAGAUUAAAGUGACAUUAUGCUAAUUCAAGGGUAUUCAGUGAGUGAACAGGUGAAAGUCAAAAUAAGUUUUUAUAUAGCCAUAAUUCCUUUUAAUUUAAUAAUUUACUGCAUAUAAACAAUAAAACAACCCUGGAUCGAAACGGAAUUUUUGUAAAUAUCGCUUAGAACUUACCUGAAACAUGAAAGAGUGGGGCAGUCUUUUUAUAUUAUAGGCAGAUUUUGAAUUUUAUCCUAAACAUUUUCCAAAAUAAACUGUUCGUCAAACACCAUUUAAACAGUUAAUCUUUUGAAAUAAAAAGUCCAUUCAGCUCAACUUGACUAUGAAAAUAUGAGCAUAAUGUCACUUUAAUGAAAUUUUAAAGAUUACAUAGAUACCUUUAGUAUAAUUUGAAAAGAUAAAAUAUGUCUUGUUCUUGUGAAGUAGUUUGUCAUAUCUUGAUGUACACGUAAUUAAAAGAAAGCUGGAAAAACUUACUUGAAAGAAUGAUAGCUGAUAGUAGGGCAGCAUUUUAGUGAUGCUGCAUGCAUCUCUAGCAGUAAAAGUGUGUACCUCUCAACCAUGGGAAUUAUGGUUUUGAACCCUCUGGGGCUCGUAACCUUUUUAAACCUGUAUGCUCUAUUAUUUAUAAUUGAGCUGAAAAAAAUCAGUGAUUGCUGAAACAGUAAAAGCUGAUACAUAAAAAGUGAUGUUGACCAUUCAUAUGCUUGUUAGGAUUUGAAAAUCCACCUCAAUUGCAUAUAUAAGUAGUUUUAUUGAGAUAAAACUCAUGUUUUGAGAAAAAUGAGAGACAAAAAAAAACUUUAAAUUAUAUUUUAAAAGGUUUUUAUUGUUAAAGAUGUUGUUUAAGAAAUCCAAAGAAUUUCAAAAGAAGAUUGAUUUUGAUAUCUUUUUAGUUCCUAUCCCAUCGUUAUUUUAUUUUUUAAAGGAUACACUUUUAUUUCAUGAAUAUGUUU